GACUCGUAUGGGAGGCUCAGGCUCCAACUCAACACAGGACUUCGAGGAGGCCCUCAAGGAGGCUGAAGGAGAGAAGGCUGCCCUGGAUGCCGCUAAUGGCGGAACAGUGCCAGCAUCCACCACUCCAGGCACUGAUGUCAGCCAGCCUGCUGCAUCAUAAACCACUUCCCGCUACCAUCACCACCACUAACACCUGCACUUUGCCACCCACUGCACCCCAUCACCACAGAAAAAUAGAUAACGAGUUUUAUGGAUAUAUGAGCCCUAUAGACUACUAUCAGAUAUCAGUAUUCUAUGAUUUGUAGCUUUACUUUUGAAACUCAUUAGUGGGAUGCAUAAUUUCUUUAGGUUCAAGAUGCCAUGAAAAUGUAGAUUACUUUAGGUUACAAUCUUUGGCUAUUACUGUUACUACUAUGACAAUUUCUAGGUCAUAAUGAUCUGUAGGUGAAGUUUAGGUCCCCAAUCAGAGCUUUCAGAGUUAAGGGCAUGAUUAAUUUCAGUAUGAUUUCUCUGUCUAGGGCAUGAUUUUCUUCUUAGGGUAUGUAUUACAUGCCCAUUAUUACUUGUGGAAAUAAUGCCACCUUUGGCUGUUUCAGAGAUCAGAUGCAAUAUUUGAACAAUAACAGUUUCACAGAUGUAGGUUUCAUAGCUAAACUUUUUUUUCCAAACAUAUGUUAAAAUGCUUCCAUUACUGCAUCUGUUUUAUAAGGAUAGGGGCCAUAAUAAAAGAUAGCCAGAAGUGGAGAGUUGUCUCAGAAAAGGGUGAGUACUGUCAGCUUGUAGUAAGAACAAUGCAGUGAUAAAGGCAGAAAUGUGUAAUUUAUUUAAAGAUGCCUGAAAGCGGAACAGACUGGUAUUCACAGCUUUAAGAGAACUCCCACAGAUGUCAGAGGUUAUCCACAUUAUGGUGCAUUAACCAAGUGACCAAAGGUGUAGGGUGGCUUAGGUACUAAUUAUUCAUAGGCUGCCUUGUUAAAAUAUAUCACUAAAAUUGUGGAAUAUAGGGAAAAUCAUAUUAAGUUAUUCACAGUUGAUGUUAAUAAGUUUCCUACUCCUUAUGCAGUUGAGUUAACAUUAGAAUACUGUCUGUUGUUACAUGAAUUAUAUGGAUAUUGAUACAAGUGUGGAUGUUACAGGAGAUGUAAGGUUGAAUUUCAUGUUCCAUGUAAUCUCUCUUUGAUUAUUUGAUGGUGUGAAUAAUUUAGUAUAAUGUCUCCAUAGUAUAAGUGUUUGAAUUUUAUAGUGGGAUAGCAUUAUAUUAUAUUCUUUUUGUAUUAUUGUGUGUUUUAACCAUUAUUUGUAUUUAAGUUUUAUAAUCUCAUGAUCUGAAUGUGAUUAGGUGACUGCACUAGAUUUAACAAACAAAUCAGUCAGGAGAUUGAGUGAUCACUCCUUUCAUGGCUUUAGUAAACCUAAUAAAAAUUUCUCAUAUAAUAA